AAAUCCAAAAUGGCCCGGGUUGAACAACAAUGUGCUACUGAGGGAUCUACAAGUUCUACCUAUUUGCAGCUUUCUUAUUUUACGAUUUAUCUCACACAAGGAAUAGAGAUCUUAGAAUAUUACACAAAGGUGCCCUUCUAUCAUGUUCUUUUCGAAGCUGUCUUGGUGAUUUGGAUCGUUAGACUGAUAACCAGCAAGACCUUUAGAUUCAGGGAACAGAAGAUUGAACUCACUGAGAAGGAAGAGGAGGAACUGAUUGAAGAGUGGCAGCCAGAACCAUUAGUACCAGCAACACCAACAUACGAAUUAGAUACACUCACUCCCAAAGUGGUACAGGGGAAACCAGGUCAUACUUUGAAUAUAGAUGACAAAGAGUGUCUAAACUUUGCAACAUUUAAUUUUCUUGGCUUUGUGGGAAAUGAAAAGAUAGAGGACACAGCCAUCAAAAGUUUACAUCAAUAUGGUGUAGGUUCCUGUGGUCCCCGUGGUUUUUAUGGGACAAUAGAUGUACAUCUGGAGUUAGAGGAAAGACUAGCCAAAUUCAUGGGAACUGAAGAGGCUAUCCUAUAUGCCUAUGGAUUUUCUACAAUAGCAAGUGUGAUUCCUGCAUACUCCAAAAGAGGGGAUGUUAUUUUCUGUGACAAGGGAGUAUCUUUUGCAAUUCAAAAAGGACUGGUGGCUUCCAGAAGUCGUAUAAUGUGGUUUGAGCAUAACGACAUGGAAGAUCUUGAAAGGCUUUUACAUGAACAGAAGGAGAAAGAUGACAAAAAUCCCAAGAAAGCAAGUGUAACAAGAAGAUUUUUAGUAAUAGAGGGAAUUUCUGUCAAUUAUGGUGACAUUGCACCACUUCCAAAAAUAAUUGAAUUGAAAUAUAAGUACAAAGUUCGUCUCAUCAUUGAUGAAAGUGCAUCAUUUGGGGUUCUUGGGCAAGCUGGUCGAGGAUUGACAGAGCACUUUGAUGUCCCAAUUAAAGAUGUCGACAUGAUAUCUGUUUCAAUGGAGAACUCAUUAGCAACUAUUGGAGGGUUCUGUUGUGGAACAUCAUUUGUAGUUGAUCAUCAGAGACUCUCUGGUGCUGGUUACUGUUUUUCUGCAUCUCUCCCUCCUAUGCUGGCCUCAGCGGCAAUUGAAGGGUUAAAUAUCAUAGAAGAAAAACCAGAAAUGUUUGAGGAACUCAAAGAGAAGGCAAAACUAUUGUAUGGAGAACUUGAAAGCCUCAAAGGACUUCUACGCGAAGGAUCAGAGGGGUCUCCAAUUCUACACCUGAGACUUCAGGAACCAUUUGAAACAUUUGAGGAAGAUGAAGAGAAAUUGAAACAAGUUGUUGAUUAUGCUCUGAAGAAUGGUGUGGCACUUACAGUAGCAAGAUAUCUAAAAAAUGAGGAAAAAUUUCUGCCACCUCCAAGCAUCAGAGUGACACUGAAUAUUCAGCUGACAACUGAAGAAAUCAAACAUGGAGGCAAAGUUAUAAGAGAAGCUGCAGAGAUUGUAUUUGGCCAGUGAUCUAGCAAGUGCUGAAAAAAAGUGUCAUAUCAGUAGCCAGGCUGUAUGAAUUGAUUUCUUCUGGAACUAUCAAUCAAUGUGUAUUUUUUUGUUACAGUGUAGACAGACAGAAAUCAUAGAGGCAGGUUAAAAAAUUUAAGGAUUAUUAAGGAUUCUUAAAAGACAUAGUUGGUGAUGACUUUAUGAUGUCAAAGAAUAUCUCACAAGCAAUACAGUGGUAUAUUGGAUAGGGGUUAGUUGUUGGAAUGUACUGCAAAGUUCAGACUGGUAAUAAUUAAUUAAAUCAAUGUAAAUUAACUACUAAAUAAUUUUUAUGUUAUAGAUAUUAAGUGUCUUCAUAUGGAAUGUACCUUAAGUAUAUUAUUGAAUUGCUAAUAACCAGCUUCUACAAUUUUGCACAAAGAUAUGGGGGGAUUCCCUUGUUUGAGAGGAGAAUGCUGGAAAGGUGAAACAAUAUUACAUGACAUUAAAAAUAAAAAAAUUUGCACAUGUUUCUGUGAAUUUUUCAUCAGGAUUUAUUAAAUUGCUGUUUUGUACAUUGUGUUUUUCUUUACCAUUUGCAAUAAAACAUUAUUUCCAGUAAAUAGGUUAUUUUGGUAAUUUUCAAUUUAUAAUGUGCUAAAACUUUUUGAAUCUGUAUAACCCUUUCUUUUCAAUUAUCUAAAUUAUUGUUACUGUCUUGGAUUUAUUUAGAAUUUUGUGGUAAAUCGAAUAACAUCCUCCAAUAUUGCUGUUUUCACUGUAGGUCUCAUUGAUAUGAGUAUGGACAUGGUUAGGAGAAAUGACUUAUUUGUCACCCCUAAGAGUGAGAGGGUUAACCCUUUAUACCCUAACAUCAGAAUGCAUAUUCUCCUUAUUGUUCUCUAUGGAUUUCCUUUUGUGCCAAAAAGGAGAAUUUUUUGGCAAUCAAGACAUUAUUUAGUUUAACCAUGAUUGUUUCCUUAAUUCUCAUGAUCUUAAUGUCUGAUUCAGGGGGUGAUAUUUUAAGGAAAAAUUAGAUGCUAGCCAUUCUUGAAGGUGAAAGGGUGAAUUGAAAUUAUUUAUUUUUCUGAAUGUUGUGUGAAAACUUAAUUCUUUGAUAUUCUAGAAUUAUUUAACAAUAGUUAUAAAGAACUGUAGAUUAGCAUGUUUGGUGUGUUUAUUCAGCUGUUAGGUCUCUCCAGCAAGGAACUGCUGCAGAAUAUUCUACACAGAAGGGAGAAUUUGAGAGAAAUAUUGUUGUUAAAGAAACUAUUUGUGUUCCCUAAAGGGCUUUAAUUUCAUUUAUUGAAGGCUUGUUCACCUGUAGUUACACAUGUUUCCCAUACUACUGUCAUAGGUUAGGACUAGUGUAUGAGUUACUUUUCCUAAAAAGUAGUCAUUGAGGAAUGUUCUUUUACAUUUUGUUGUGUUUUAAAAAAUCUUGGUGUAGAUGCAAUGUUGUGAAGAAGUCAAUUAAAAAAAAUAAAAAAAUAAAAAUA